GGCUGGGUGACUGGGGGCGUGCAACCAGCAACCCAUCGCCCGGAGACCGGCGUGGCCAUCAGCAGCUUCACCAUGUCGUCGGUGUUCGGCAAGCCCCGAGCUGGCAGUGGGCCGCACAGCGUGCCCCUGGAAGUUAACCUGGCUAUCCUUGGGCGCCGCGGAGCGGGCAAGUCUGCCCUGACUGUGAAGUUUCUCACCAAGAGGUUUAUCAGCGAAUACGAUCCCAAUCUGGAGGACACCUACAGCUCUGAGGAGACUGUGGACCACCAACCUGUGCACCUGAGGGUCAUGGACACUGCAGACCUGGACACCCCCAGGAACUGUGAGCGCUACCUGAACUGGGCCCAUGCCUUCCUGGUGGUGUAUAGUGUCGACAGUCGCGAGAGUUUCGAGGGCAGCAGCAGCUACCUGGAGCUGCUGGCCUUGCAUGCCAAGGAGACACAGCGUGGCUACCCUGCCCUGCUGCUGGGGAACAAGCUGGACAUGGCCCAGUACAGGCAAGUCACCAAGGCGGAAGGUGUGGCUUUGGCAGGCAGAUUCGGGUGCCUGUUUUUUGAGGUCUCUGCCUGCCUGGACUUUGAGCAUGUCCAGCACGUCUUCCAUGAGGCUGUGCGUGAGGCGCGACGAGAACUGGAGAAGAGUCCCCUGGCCCGGCCCCUCUUCAUCUCUGAGGAGAAAGCCCUGUCCCACCAGACCCCACUCACAGCCCGGCACGGGCUGGCCAGCUGUACUUUUAACACUCUCUCCACUGCCAGCCUGAAGGAGAUGCCCACGGUGGCCCAGGCCAAGCUGGUCACUGUGAAAUCAUCUCGUGCCCAGAGCAAGCGCAAGGCGCCCACCUUGACUCUACUGAAGGGCUUCAAGAUCUUCUGAGGUUCCUUCUGCAGGGACCUGAGGCUCAGCUGAAGCCUGGGGCUGCAGGGAAUGGGCCGAAUUUCACUCGGAUGAACCAAUGGCCCUUACCCUCUGGUAGAUAGCAGAUUCCACCUGCAGCACCAAGCAGGGUCCCUACGUGCUCACUGUGUGAGCCACAGGGACAGGGAUGCUGCUCCUGACUGCCUCACCCUGCUUCCUUGCCAGGCAAGGGCUUGGACUCCAUGGUAACCUCUGCAUCCACCACCCUGGAGGGAAGCUGCCCCCGUUACAGACAGGAGACUUGGAGUCAGCUGCAAGCAGAAAGGGUCUGCAGUACACAUCCUGUGUCAUGACUCUCCUGCUCCAGCCACUGCCAGACCAGCUGCAGCCCCUGUUCAAAGAGGCUUUGUCUCUGUGAAGGCUUGCUAACAGUGUACAGGAUGGCUGUCCCGGAGGUCCUACCAUCACCUGCUGGUAGGAAGAGGUAGGCCAGCUACUCAGACGCCCAAAGUUUAUCCGAGAAAAUUCUAGUUAAAAGAAUCCUAUGCGAAGGGUUGGAUAGGACAGAGAAAUCUGGACAGAAGCCCUACUGUACUUGCCUCUAAGUGAAGGGUGCAGAGAGGGACUGUGGGUUGUCCAGGCUAGAGAGCCUCCAGCCUUUUUUCACUGGCACUGGGGGACUAUUAUGACCACUUUGUUAGUAGACCCCCAGGACCACCCUUCUUGAGCUUAAUGAGCAAGGUGGCAGAAAGUCAUUCUACCCAGUGACAGUCCUCAGGGAGUUCACAGCUGAGCUGACAGGAUCAGACACCCUCUGGUGGGAACCACUGGCCUGUUCACCGUUAAGUAGGUGCAGUCUGGUUUGGUUGGACCUAGGUCCCUCAAUGAUGAAAUUGUUCAAAGCCUGUUUUGGCAAGCUAGAUCCCAAACCUUUUGGGGUUAGUAAGGCAGAGUUUUACAUAAACUAUUUGGUAUUUUACCAAGACUCAAGCGUGAGAAAUCUGUCAAAGGCAGGGCUACAGCUCUUUCUUACUGUUUACCACAAACUCUGGAUGUGGGGCAUGAGAAGGCCUAGGCUGGGCAACCUAGGACACCAGCUCCUUUGGCUCCCACACAGCAGCCCAGGAGUUUGAACCAAGAAUAUCUCUAACCCAGUCUUCAGCUCAAGUCUAUAGCUGGAGAAGCUGAGGUCAGAGGGAGGCCCUGAUCUAUUCAAGAGCUGCAAGUCUUGGUCCUUUGUCAUGACCAAAGACCAGCUCUGAACUUUAUACAUUUUUUUUUUUUUUUUAAAGAUAGGGUCACUUUAUUAUGUAGGUCUGGCUGUCCUGGAACUUGCUAUGCAAACCAGGUUAGCAUUGAACUCACAUUGAUCCACCUGCCUCAGCCUUCUGAGCGCUGGAAUUAAAGGCUUCCACCUCACAGGGCUGAACUUUGACCUUUCCGUGCAAGCCCCUUGUGUGUGCUUUGUAGACACCAUCAUUCGAACCCAGUACACGAUUCCAGCUGCCCACCUGGAGAAGCAUUUGAAUAAAAGACUUCUUUAAAUAACAAA